UUGAGCGACGCAUCCUACGAACCAUCUUUGACGGUAUGUUCGAGCAUGGAGCGUGGAGAAGGAUGAACCACGAGCUUGUUUAGCUGUACGGCGAACCGAGGAUACGAUGGCCGAAGCAUGUCAUGAGAAUGCCGGACUCAUGUCCCAGAAGGUUUUUGGUUGUCGGAGCAAUCCGGUUAUAGCUACCAGAGCGGAACAACUUGCAAUGGAUUAAUGUGUAACCGGACAACUCCGGGUGAUUUCGGACGACUCCGACUCCGGACAAAUCUGGACGACACCGAAUGACUACGAUUCCGGAUGACUCGGACGGCUGUGGGUGUGCUCCAGAGAGCACAUCACUAGUUGAGGGUUGUUAGAACAUGAACGUAAGAAUGUAGUCUUGCACGGAAGAAUCUUAAGACUAUUAUGUGAUUUAGAAUGUCUAAAUUAACACAUUCAAAUAAAACAGUUUUUUUGCGGGCAGCUGUAGAAAUUGUAUGUGCGCAGGUUUUUUUAAAAGUAUAUUUUUCAGGGCUCUGCGAAGUCUUUAUUUGCAGGAAUAGUGUGGCAUUCGUGCUGUAUCAGUUUUAGUAAAAUUUAUAUAAGCAAAAUAAUGGAAAAAGAAUGUGGUAGAGAGCAUUUAUAUUCAUUAUACAGAUGGUGGUAGAGAAAUGAUGGUGGUGACAACAGGGUAUGCUGGUGCAUGAUGAGUAUGUAAUUUGUGACCCAGCUCACGCUAGAUGAAUUCUACCUCACUCUGUAGCAUAGAUGGCUGGGGUACGGAGUAGUUUUUUUUACUAUGGAUUUGCUAUUGUCUGGGCGUUCUGGCUUGGUGUCACACAUGUUGACUAAUGCUGCACCCGUGUGUUGCCGUAUGACUAUUUUCCCCGUUGUUCGUCACUCCCGGGAAAAUUGAAAAUUCCAAUGCGUGAACAUUGUGCAAUGCUUAGCUGUGCAUGGGAAGGGAUAGCUGAGUAGCAAGGAAAGAGAGGGUGCGGGGUUGAUUUGGUUGUGGAAUGAGUUUUUUUUUUGUAUUUUCGUUACGUUCUGGUGAUUUCUAGCGUUUAAUGAUGUUACUGACACGCUAUACCUGCAGGUUUAAAAAGUUUGUUUAGUCUUGUGGUAACGCUGUCCCUAUUCAGACGUGGUUCUGUUACAUGUUGCGCUAGAUAUUGAGAUAUUUGCAGAUAUCCGACACAUACUAAAAGUUUUGUUCCUUUUGUCAAAUGAGCCUAGUUGAUAUAUGUGCCAAGGUCCGAGCUAAAAUAAAUUCAGCAUUAUAGUCGAUAUCAAAAAUAGCAAAACUUGCAUCAAUGGAUAUGACGGAAUGGAAAUGUUUCGUCAUCUUAGGACUGGUGUUAAUUAAUUAUCACGUAGGAAUGAGUAAAGCGGAAGAUAAAAAUACGGAACAACUGGCAGACCAUAAUGUAACACUAGUAAUAACUGACAUAGUUGAAAUGAAACAAGGGGCUGUUAAGCAGCCUGUAAAAGAUUGGAGAGAUCCGCUAUAUCGCAAGAAUCAGCUUGCAAAUACACCAACAUAUUUGCGGCCAAAUGUUAAGGAAGUUUUUAUGUCAAUGCAAACUCGUGUAAAACGAGAGCUUCAAAAUAUAGCUACUGAAACUCACACGAAAACAGAAGAUGGUGACGAAAAUUUACCUGUGCCCGAAAAACAAUCAAUGAAUACGCAGCCCAUAAUGCGAAAAGAAGCAUGGGUAAAACCAGCACAGAUGCAUCUAGAGUUUCAAUCAAAAAAAGUAAAAGAAGAAAUCGAUUCCGACGCUGAAGAAUCAAUAUUAAUCCAAGAGGGCAUAAAGUCACGUGCUCCAAAAGUAAACUUUAUCACACAACAAAGAAAAAGUGGUUUCACGCCAUCAGACACUCUGGAAAGAACGAAUGAUAAGUUGAUACAAGAGUUGUAUAAGAAACCACAGAGAAGUCUGAACUAUGAACAUCCAUGGACAUAUGAUUCAUUUAUGGCCACAUCUCAAUCUCCGAUGUAUCCUCAAAUUCACAACAAGUACGAUUCAUUUCAUCGUGACAUGAUUAACCGCAUGCAUCCUCCAGCACCGCAUCACUUCGACCAUUACUACGAGCGUCGGCAUGACGUAGAAUACGAUUCGUAUUUCCCUCGAUACAAAUUUCCUUAUUAUUACUAUUAUCCGGAUAUGCGUUAUGACGUUCCGUUGCACUAUAGAGAUAGGAACAAUCUUUACCCAACUGAACAGUUGACACGCGCCAUUCCUUCAUAUAACAGACCUUUGCCAACCACCGUGGUUCCGCCAACAAUGCGUAAUCGUCGUAUAAUAUAUUUCGCAACAUUGCCGGAAAUAGUCCGUAAACAUCCAAAAGAGAACAUCAUGAACGAUCGUUUAUAUCAAGGAGAUCGAUAUAGUACUUAUACUAUGAAAUAUUUCUAUCCCUCAAGCGCCUACAAAUAUCCUCGGCCUGCAAAAAAAGCAAACAAAGAUGAUAAGUACGUCAGUUCGAAGCCAAUAAAAAUUGUACGUGAGGCAGAUGUCAUUGAAAAUAGACAAUCUUCAAUAAGAGAUCUACAGAAAAUUAAUCUAGAGCUACAACCAAAAACAUCGGCUAACUUCCGAGGAUGAAUGAAUGCAUCGUUCGACGCAAGAACAUCUUUGCUCGGAAUGAGGCGAUUUUCAUGAUGAUAAUUUUAUUAUGCGUGGAUCGUUCUUCGUAAUUAAUUCUAUGUAUGUAGUAUGUUAUUUUUCUGACAAUAAGCGCAACUACGUGCAUAAAUUUAGUUCAUUUUUUCUGUGUAUUUUUUUUCAAAUAAGUUUUAACGGUAUGUUCUCAAUUACAAACUAUAUUAUCUGAAACUUUAA